GGCCGCAUGGUUCCGUCCUUCCGCUGUGCCCGCACGGUCACAUUUGGCGGAGGCACCGGCGCGAGCAGCGAUGGCGGGAGCCGACGGAAGCGCCUUUUUCAGGAGAACCAGCCUGUUCUGGAUGGUCACCGUCUCGCUGUCCGUCGCGUAUUUCACUUUGAUGGUGUUUGCUCCAGAAAAGAUUCCGCUCCAGUCUCUGGGAGUGUUUGGCAGCUUCUGCAGACACCUGGUGGAUAACUAUGCGGGGCUGAUGCAUAAAGGGUGGUGGGCAGCCUUUGCUAUUCAUGUCUUUGAGGCCAUCGUCUCACUGAGAGUCUGCAGUAACAAAGGAAUCAGCAACUCGGGGGUUCGAUGCCUGUGGUUUGUCCAGACCUUCUUGUUCGGCUUUGCCUCCCUCGGCCUGCUGCUCAAGUACAACCCACAGCGGCCCAAACAGCGCUGAGCCCCCCCUCUGGAUUGAAGGAGCACUGCUCAGUUUGAAACUGUGCUUGCCCUUUGACCCCGCUACAUUCCAGGGGCUUCUGCGCGCAGCAGAUUAUUCGGGUAAACUUGUACUCUGAUGACCUUUUCUGUGAUCAAUAUUGGGGAAGUCCACAGAGUUUUCUGGGUCUUAACGUCCAGCAGCAGGAGCAAAACUCCUCUAGUGUUCAGAUCUAAUGCCUGAAGCCUUAAUGUCUCAGCAGUUCUACCAAUAAAGAGAAUUAAAAAGAA